AUGACUGUUUGCAUCGAAUCGAUUAAGUUUUUUCCACAAAUUAGCACAUUUUGCAUGUAGAACAAAAGUUCUUAUAUUUCAGCAUCAAUUACUAUUCGCCUGAAAAGAAUCAGGACUCGUUGCUGUUUUCAGUAGAAUUUUUUAAACAAUGUUUGAUGACCUAUCUUUCUUCAUCACCAUUUUUGAUCUUUAAGAGUGUAUUCAUUGGAAACUUUUGAUGUUUUCUCAUCUCUUAUCACUGCUCCUAGCAUAAAGAUCAAGACACAACAAAACAUCCUGAACAACUAUGUUUAAACGAGUUUUAGAAACAGGAUUAUUGCUACUUAUUGAAUUGGAACAAUAUAAAACAAGCUGUUAUUUUAAAUAAUCUGUUUCGAUAAAGCUGGACGAAUUCGUUUCUGCAUGAUUUCAAGGGUGUUUAUCAUCGUAAAGCUUUAAAUUCGUAGAACACAUUGCGGAAAUAUUCGCUUCAGAUUAAUGAUAAAAAUAACCACAAACUGAUCGCGUGUACUGUUCGUCAAGCAAUCGUGCCCUGAUUGCAAGUAUCAAUGAAUUGGUGCAGCUCUAAUUGGCAGUAGUGCUCACGAUGUCGACAAUGAAAGAUUUUUUCUUGCGGCCCUCAUUUGAUUCGGCCGAAGAAGCUCACCAAUGGGACAAGUUGCAGAAAACUGUCAAUCAAACUAAACAAUUCUACGAAGACUUUGAUCAUCUCGUUCUACACAAGGAUCUAUUUGGCACGUUCUAUUAUUAUUACCUCCAAGAAAUUCGCUUCCGGAUCAUACAGAUUCUAACUGAUUUCACGAUCGUGGAAUGGAGAGAGCCAAAGCCGGAUCGCGAACCGGAUCCAUUCGCGGGGUUUGGUCCACCUGCAAGCAGUAAAGCCGUGGAGAAGGAGAAGGAAUUCAUCAUUCCAGAGCACGGAAUUCGGGUCAAAGGAUACAAGGAAAAGCUUCCCCUCGAAUGCUGUGGCCAGCAGUUCAAAACACUCGAAAUGCUCCGGAAGCAUUACUAUUCGGUGCACGAGAAGCAUUAUUUGCAUGAGGCUACCACCUGUGAGAUCAAGGCUGCUAUCUUGAAAAUGUGUGUCUUCCGACACUUGCUAGAUGAGUUCGUCCGCAGUGGCAUCAAAUCAAAUGGAACAUUAAGCUUUUACUUGUUGAAAAUUCUUAGGAAAAUUAUACCUGUGAUACGAUAUUGAUUGGCCUUGUUAAGUGUAGGUUCAGUGUCACCUAAACUGCAAUAAAUAUUUUGCUUCUUUUUCUUUGUUCACGGAGAUUCUAAAUCUUAAGAUUCAUUCGUGUCCGAAAAUAAAUAUUUAUAAACGAGAA